AUGUAGGAGAACUCCAAAGAAUAUGACGCUUUUUAGAUUCCAGCUGAUAUUAAGAUAUCUAUUAAACAUAAAGUAUAGGAAUAUAAUGACUAACAAGAAAGCCACAAAAUGUGGUACUCCAUUAGAAAAAUCUGAGUUAUGUCCUUGUUGUGGUAGAGAAGUUGAACAAGAGUAAAAAGAGAUUGGGAUUUCACCUAUUGAUUUAAUUUAUUUAGGUUAAGGAAUCCCUUUGUUUUUUCUAUUUCUUAAAUAGAUGAUUGUGGUGAUAUUAAUAAUUUUUGGAAUAAUGGGAAUAUUUUCAUUGAUAACCAAUAGUAUUACUGAUAAUUGUCUAGACGAUUAAAGUGAUUUACUGAUUCUUUAUUAGAAUGGAUUUUGUGAGAACAAUUGUCCACUUCCUUAAAAUGAAGACUUUUUGAAAAUAAUUUCAAUUUUAAAAACUUAAGAAUGUUAAAUUAUUUGCAAUUAAUUUUCAAAUGUUUGCACAACUACACAAUCUACUAAAAUAGCUUUAUCAAAUAAAUAAUUAGAUGAUGAUUACAAAGAAGCUCAAGCAAUACUUGUAUUGUGUUCAAUUAUUUUAUUUAAAAUAAUUUAAGUGUUAUUUAGAAGACAUUAAAAAUUAACAUAAGAUGAAUGUGAUAGAGGUUUAUUGUCAGCUUCAGAUUUCACAGCAAUAUUGACUAAAUUACCUUAAAAUUAAUAUACAGAAUCUGAAUUAAGGGAUUGUCUUACAAAUUAUUGUAAAUAAAUUACAUAAUUUUAACCUGACUAAGAGUUUGAAAUAGUUAAAAUAAUAAUUGCUUUUGAUAUAUUUGAUUACAUAAAUAUCAUAAGAACUAAAACUGAAUUAGAAAAAAAGUAUUAAUUUAAUGAAUCAUUUAAAAAAAUUAAUACUUAAUAUCCUUAAUAAGUAACAGUUGAAACUUAAAAAUAAUUAUUAUAAUAAAUUUAAUAGAAUGAAGAAGAACUAGCCAAAAUUGAUAAUGAUAUUCAAAAAAAAUAAUUCACUUAAACGACACAAGUAGCUUUUGUAACGUUUUAAACAAAAAAAUGUAUUGAACAUAAAUAUUAGCUUAGAAUUGGAAACAAUUGUGGAAUACACUAAAUUAACAACUUGGGAUCUAGUUUGGACUGCAAUAUUAAAUAUUUUUGGGAAAAAACUUAACAAAGGCUUUUACUUUAAAGAUAAAUUAAUUUAAAUUACAAGAGCUCCUGAACCUGAUGAUGUAUUUUGGGAGAAUUGUGGAUAUAAUUUAAAAUACAAAAUAAAACAAAGAACAAUAAGUUGGUUUAUAACAUUAGUAUUACUUAUUACAUCAUUUUUUAUUUUAUUUGGAUUAGAUUAUGUUUAAAAUAAUUAUUUGAAAGAUCAAAAUAUUAAUUAUGUUCUAUUAACAAUAAUUUCUUUAAUAAUUUCAUUUAUAAUUUCAAUUAUUAAUGCAAUGAUAUAUUUUAGCAUAACAAUUUUAGCUAAUAAAGAAAAGCAUUAUACAAAAACACAUUAUGAUGUGUCAGUUGCAACUAAAUUAAUAUAUGUUUAAUUUGUAAAUUCAGGAUUAUUAAUUAUGGCAACAAAUAUUUUAGUUUAAGGAUUAUCUAAUCGAAAAGAAUUGAAUGAAGAUAUUGAAUUAUAAAGUUUGGCAUUUAGUAGACCAGGAGGUGUAGCAUAAGAUGCUUUUAUUAUUACAUUAAUAAAUGCAUUAAUAACUCCAUUAACUUCAUUUUUUGAUAUAUUUUAUCUAAGAAAAUUAAUUUUAUAAAAUCAAUUGUAAAAAAAUGCAACUAAUACAGUCACAUAAACAGAAGCUAAUACAAUAUUUGAAGGACCUUAAGUAUUAUUAUAUGAUAAUUAUGCAUAUGUUUGUAAGACAGUUUGGAUUACAUUAUUUUUUGCUCCAUUAGUACCUAUUUCUUUAUUAUUUUGUAUUUGUGGAUUUUUUUUAUAUUAUUGGAUAUAGAAAUAUCUACUAUUAAGAAGAAAAUGUAGACCUCCUCUUUAAAGUAGUCAUUUGAACAGUGAAAUGUGUAAUAUAAUUAAUUUCAGUCCUAUUUUAUUGGCUGCAGGAUAAUUAUGGGUAGAUUUUGUAUUUGAAUCAAAUGCUACAACAAAAAUUAUCAAUUUUGUUUCUAUUGGUUUUUCUGGAUUAGAGUUUUUUUUUCCAUUUGAAAAAUUAGUUAAAAAAUUUAUAUCUUGGCCAGAUGAUCCAAAUGAAUUAAAUAAAUACUCUGAAAAAUGGCAUGAAUUACCUACUGAUUAUGAUAGAAUAAAUCCAAUUACUAGAUAAUAAGCAAUAUAAAAUUAUGUUAAAUUUAAGUAAUCAGUUGAUAAUAAAGGGAAUAAUUAAAAUAAUCAAUAAAAUGAUUAAACUUUAUAAGCAUUAAGAUAAUAUGCAUUUGAAGGAGGAGAAUACAAAUUCAAAUCACAUUUAGUACAUAAAUUAAAAGCUAUCAGCAAUCUAUAAUCUAAUAAAUAAACUAAUAAUAUUCCUAUAAGUUUAAUUGAAAUGCAACCUAAAAUAAUUAAUUAAUUAUAAUAAUAAGAAGAUAAGACUACAUUAUUAGGAUAAUAAUAAUAUAUCUCAUAAAUUGAAAGAAUGCAAUAACAAAUUUAGCAACCUACCUCCAUUCUAUAAAAUUAAAAUCCUUAUAAUGGAUAUCCUCCUUAAUAAUAAUAUUAUCCAUAAGAUUUGAAUAAUUAAUAGUUACCAUACUAUCAAUAAAAUAUAUAAUAAUAAUAUUAUCAACCUUAUUAAUAAAAUUAGUUUCCAAAUGCGUAAUAACCAUACUAUAAUCAAGGACAAUAAGUACAUCAAUAGUAGACAGGACAAUAUCCAUAUUAAUAGUAUACAAAUCAUUAAUAUCAUUAUUGA